UUUGUGUUCAUCAUUUCAAGAAAAUUAUAUUUAUUUCACAUUUGUUAUGACUAAAAUUCGGAUUAAAAGUGUUUUUUUAUAAAAAAUUAUUUACAACUGCUGAAAAUUCUGUAAAUAUAUGCCAGAAGUUUUGCAAUGUCAGAAAAUAAUAAAACAACGCGUAAACGUCCGGCUUCUCCGUUGAUCGAAUAUAACAAUAACAAUGACGAAGUAACGAGGGAAAAAAGACGACGCAUCAUGGAAAGUAGACUGAAAUCACAAUUGGAAUCAAACUUCACCGAUAAAAUGAUUGUACCGUUAACAUCACCAGAUGGAACACGAUCACGAUACGGUCGUAAAAUAAGUCCAGUUGAAGUACAAAAUAAUGAACAACGAAAAUCGAUGACAACACAAUCAAGCGGCCAGAGCAAACGAAAAGUACGAAAAGUUUUUUCUAUACAUAAUACUAGCAGUGAAUUGCUUCGUUUUGUGUCGGACUAUCAAACAUCGGUUCUUAGAAAAAAUCCCAUUGAUAAGUUGAUAUCAGUUAAUAAAAUUGGAUUAAACAAUGAUCAAUUUCAGACUCAACAAAUCGAAAUGGACAAUAACAGUAAUAGUAACACUGACAUUAUCUUUGACUUGUGCUCGGAAAAUUCGGCAACAUCCAACUCCAUCCCGACGAUGGAUGAAAAUAUACAAAAUAUUCGAUUUGAAACCGUAAUUAAAAGUGAAUACAAAAUACCAAAUGAUUCGUUGGUUUCGCUCGAAAUGGAAAUCGAUGUUGAAGACUUUUUAACAACGACCACUGUAAUACGUGAAAAAUACGUUUCGCACCAAUCAACCGAUUCGAAUGAAAUUCUCGAUCAAGUCGAUUUAACUAGUUCAACAGAGGGUAGUGUUGGUGGUGAUGAUGAUAAAUCCACAUUACCGGAUGAAAAUGUCAACCCACCAGACAACGAUGAGACUGAUAUUUUAAAAAUUCACGAAAUAGUUCAUGGUUCAAAUCAGAUAUCCGAUUACGGAAUUCUAACAUCUGGUUCCGAUGAAGUAUCGACCAAUGAGAAAACAUUCUCAGAGUGCACAAGUGAUGAUUGUGUCAUGGCUGAAUUUUGCGACAGUGACUCACUUGAAAACUAUCAUUAUGGUCAAAUUGUAUGGGCAGCGUUGCCAGCUUUCUGGCCGGCAGUAAUCUCCAAUUGCGAGCAUGAGGAGAUAUUUAAAAAAGACAAUCUGAUUCAUGUGAAGUUCAUGUACGAUAAUGCUCGUUACAGUUGGGUCAACAAAAGAAACGCAUUAUUACCAUUCAAGGGUAGUGAAGAACUCAUCGAAAAAUGCAAGAUGACUGCCAACAAACGAAAUAAAGCAUAUAAAAUUACAUCGGGCAAACGAUGGAAUGUUGCUGUGCAUGAAGCAAAUGUGUUACAGUGCGUAAAACUAAGAUAUCGCAUUGACUUCUAUGAUAAGAUACUGAUGAAGUCGGUGCAUGAAAUGGAAACAGAUAUACGUCGGGCUAGUCGCCGUAAAACAGAUCGUUGCGAUACGCCACAAACAAUUGACACCGCCUAUUCGUCGAUGAAACAGUCUGUGUCGCCGGCAUCACUGAGUCCGACUUUGAAUGAUUUAGAUCGCAACUACGAUGUUGAUAAGAAUAUCAACAAUUAUUUGAAAUCGGUCGAACUGAGCCGGCUGGAAGAGCUACCAGAAGAUUAUCAAAUGGACGAAGCGGCAUCGUUCGCCACACUGAAUGAGUCACCAAUAUCAAGUGAACCAAUUUAUUGUCCGUUAAUAAAAUUAGUAUAUGACAAACUGCAAGAAGAUGACACUUUUGCCAACCAAAAUCAGAGCAUCAUUGCCAAUGAAAGUAAAUUUACGACAUGUCUCAAUGAACUGUGGUCGGAAUUGUCAAAAACAAAGACGAAUCGCGAAUCGUCUUUGAAACGAUCGAGUAGACGAUUUUCGAUAUCUAGUGGAGAGUCCAAUUCAACGACAAGCACACCAAAGCAAACCAAACGCCAAAAAGAACUUGCAUACAAAAAAGAAAAAAUUGAGCAACAUCAAAUGGUCGUCGAAAAGAGUGCCGAACAUCAAAAACUAAAGCAAAUUCAAACAAAGGAACAACGUAAGAUUGAAAAGCAAAAACAACAAUAUGAAACAAUAAUGAAUUGCUGUUUGAAAAAUCAUCCUUCCAACUUAUUGCUAAAAGGAUUGCCCAAAGAUCCUGUUUGCCAAUAUUGUCUCGGAAGCGGCACUGUAAUGAGGUGCGCAGGAAAAUGCACCGGAUAUUUUCACAAAGACUGUUUUAACAAGCAGAUUUCGGAGUCUGAAUAUAAUGCAAUUCUCAAGCGAAAAAUGAAAGACACAAUAAAGGCAAUGAAAAAUGGCGAUGAACUGAAUGACGAUGUCAUUUGUAUCAUUGUAGAAAACAUAGACAAGGAUAAAUGUAAAAGUUGCAUUACAACGGAUGUGAAUGUAAAUAUUUGCUUUGUUUGUUCAAAAUCCGAUGAAAAAUGUGUUCAAUGUUGCGAAAAAAAUUGUGGAAAAGCUUAUCACAUUGAGUGCCUUAAGUAUUGGCAACAACAUAAAAUACAAUACGAAGGCAAUAAAAUCAAGAGCUUUUAUUGUCCACGCCAUGUUUGCCACACAUGUAUCUCGCCCGAUAUAAAGAGUAUGUGCCACGGUAAAGAAUCUGAUAAGCGACUGAUCAAAUGUAUGCUAUGCCCGGGUACGUAUCAUCGUUCCGAAUGUAUUCCGGCUGGAAGUGAACUGUUGUCAGAAACACAAUUGAUUUGCGCUCGACAUCAAUCAACAAAAAAUCAGAAACGCAUCAACAUCGACUUUUGCAUCUUGUGCUCGAAAGGAGGCUCAUUGAUUUGCUGCGAUGGCUGCGCAAAUGCUUUUCAUCAAGAGUGCCUAAUUAUUCCGGUUGGCGAUCAUUUUAUUUGUGAGGAAUGCGAAUCAGGUCGUCGGCCUCUAUAUGGUGAGAUUGUAUGGUGUAAAUAUGUAAAUAGCCAAUGGUGGCCAGCCGUCACCGUUCCACCACAGAUGAUUCCACAGCCAGUGUUUCGCGACAAAAAAGAGCCAAAUCAAAUUUGCAUAUACUUUUUUGCAACGCAUAAUUACGGUUGGGUAUCACAGGGUCAAAUUUAUUUGUACCAGAAGGGCGACGGCGAUAUAAAAAGCAAAAAAGACAAAGAACUACUAAAAGAUGCUAUGGAUGAAGCUGAGAUUUGGUUCCAUCGAUUCCAAGAGAUUUCGGACAAAAGUGGAAAAUCGAUAAAAGCCGGAAAACCACCUCCAUAUCGAAAAAUCAAAGCAAAUCGAGUUGUGGCCAAAUUCAAAGGAAUCGAAUAUAAUGAAUGCAAAUGUCGUCCAGAUGAUCCGGCACCAUGUAGCCAAGAAAGCAAUUGUUUAAAUGCAAUAACAAACAUCGAAUGUGAUCCAGAAUUGUGUCCAGCAAAAGAAAAGUGUCAAAAUCAAAAUUUCCACAAAGGCGAACAAUAUCCAUUUGAAAUUCGAAAAACCGAGUGCAAAGGAUGGGGGCUUUUUGCCAAAGAAGAAAUUCCAGCCGAAAAAUUUGUUAUCGAAUACAUGGGAGAGGUAAUCGACAGUGUAGAGUUUGAUCAACGAUUUAAUCGCGCCAACGCAAAUAAAGACGACAAUUACUAUUUUUUGACACUCGGUCAAAAUCUAUAUAUUGAUGCUGCUGUAUACGGAAACGAGGCACGAUUCAUUAAUCAUUCGUGCGAUCCGAAUGUUAUGCAUAUGAAAUGGUCCGUUUACUCCAAUCGACAAGAACAGCUACGUACAGGAUUUUUUGCUUUGAGAAAUAUUCUCCCGGGCGAGGAAAUAACAUUUGACUACAACUGGCGAACAACUAGAAAAACAAUAAAAAAAGCGGUUUGUCAAUGCGGGUCAAGCAAGUGCAAUGGCUACAUUUGAAUUAUCGCCGAAGUCGCACACCUUUUUUUUAAUAUUUAUUUUUUUUUCUUGAAGAAUUUUCUGUUUUGAAGAAUAAACAUUGUUGUUGAUCUUAAUUUGUUCCCAAUCUAAUUUAUCGGUUAUAAAGAGACUAGAAUUAUUUUCUGAUAAUUCUCAAUUAUAAUGACCUAUAAAAAUACAGACGUAGAAUAGAUAAAAUGUGUAAAAAUAAAAUCACAUCGGUCAGUAAUAUGUAUGUAGACUUUACGAAUUGAUCUUCUCAUUUGAAUUGUGAAAAGGAGUCCAAAUGCUUUUUCUUAUGGCUUGCGGAAUGGAGCACUGUAAACAUGAUAAAGUAGAAAUUUGUUAAUCACAUUUAAGACUUUAUGAAAUGUUAAAGACUUUGUGAAAUAUUUAAUGAAAUCAAUUUUAUAAGAAGAUUUAGAUAGUUCUAGAUGAAUUUUUUUUGUGCCGAACUUAAUGAGAUUUAUACUAAAUAUUAAAAUAAUAAAAGUCAUUUUUUCCAUUCGACUAUUACAAUGAGAACCUAGAUGAGAA